GCCCGAGGCCGUGACUCUGCCGCGGUUGCCACCGCCGCCGCCGAGCGCCGUUCAGUGCCAGACAGAGGUGGGCGAAAGGGUUGCGAGUGCGCGGGGGAGGAGCCGAGCCAAGCGCGUCCCAGGAGCGCCACCACCGCCACCAGGAGUCCGCUGGAGCGAGGAGCCCCCUGCAGGGGAGGAGGCGAGCGGCGGGCAGGACGCCGCGGCGGGCGCGCACCAUGCAGUCCCCGCGGGGCCAGCGCCGGCUGUUCACAGUGCUGUAAGGCGGCGGGGUCCCCCCCGCCGCCGCCGCACACCGCCUUCCUCUCGCUAGGUGCUGCAGGCGCGCUAGCCCUUCGUCCGGCUCCCGGACCCUGGUGUAACGCACGGCCUGCCCCUGCUCUGCCCCGCCCGUAUCAUGCGAGGGGGCCCGGAGGAGGAGAGGGAGAGUGACCGGCGUGCGGCGACUGCGUUCAGGGGGCGACCCCCUCUCUGAGACGCCCCCACCUGCUGCCAUGUGCCGCCGCCUCGGAUACCCAGCCUAUCGCCAAACUUUCCCGGUGCCAGCUUGGCUCUGAGUCGCGUUUCUGAGCAGAGUGUCCCAGGGACGUAGGACCCAGGCUGGCUGCGGACUAUCUGCUUCUUUCGGGAUCCUCGGAGAGUACUUUCCCUGGAAUCCGAGUCCUAACUGCUGCUCAGUCCUAUCCGGCAAAGAGCUGAGCGCUGCCUGCGGAGGGAGGCAGCGCCUUCCCGAAACAGUUUAUCUUUGGGCGGAUUUCUGGAAGAGAAAAAGAAACCAACAGGUUGCCAGCCCCGGCGCCACACACAAGUCGGCGGAGAGGGAAGCCCCGGCCCCGUUUUCCCCUGCCUGCGUUGGCCCCGCGCGGGCUGCAGGGGGCAAGGGGAGGGAGGGGGCUAUGGCUCGGCCUGACCCGUCCGCGCCGCCCUCGCUGCUGCUGCUGCUCCUGACGCAGCUGGCAGGCCGGGCGGCGGCAGCCUCCAAGGCCCCGGUGUGCCAGGAAAUCACGGUACCCAUGUGCCGCGGCAUCGGCUACAACCUGACGCACAUGCCCAACCAGUUCAACCACGACACGCAGGACGAAGCGGGCCUGGAGGUGCACCAGUUCUGGCCGCUGGUGGAGAUCCACUGCUCUCCAGACCUGCGCUUCUUCCUGUGCUCAAUGUACACGCCCAUCUGCUUGCCCGACUAUCACAAACCUCUGCCCCCCUGCCGCUCAGUGUGCGAGCGCGCCAAGGCCGGCUGCUCCCCACUCAUGCGCCAGUAUGGCUUUGCCUGGCCCGAGCGCAUGAGCUGCGACCGCCUCCCGGUGCUGGGCCGCGACGCCGAAGUCCUGUGCAUGGAUUACAACCGCAGCGAGGCCACCACGGCGCCCCCAAGGCCCUUCCCUAACAAGCCCACCCUCCCUAACCCUCCAGGAGCGCCGUCCUCCGGGGGCGAGUGCGCCGCCGGGGGCCCAUCGGUGUGCAAGUGCCGGGAACCCUUCGUGCCUAUCCUGAAGGAGUCGCACCCGCUCUACAACAAGGUGCGGACAGGCCAGGUACCCAACUGCGCGGUUCCCUGCUACCAGCCCUCCUUCAGCCCAGACGAGCGCACGUUCGCCACCUUUUGGAUCGGCCUAUGGUCUGUGCUGUGCUUCAUCUCCACCUCCACCACAGUCGCCACCUUCCUAAUAGACAUGGAACGCUUCCGCUACCCUGAGCGCCCCAUCAUCUUCCUUUCAGCCUGCUACUUGUGCGUGUCACUGGGCUUCCUGGUGCGCCUGGUCGUGGGCCAUGCCAGUGUCGCCUGCAGCCGCGAGCACAGCCACAUUCACUACGAGACGACAGGCCCAGCACUGUGCACUGUUGUCUUCCUGCUGGUCUACUUCUUCGGCAUGGCCAGCUCCAUCUGGUGGGUCAUCCUGUCGCUCACUUGGUUCUUGGCGGCUGGCAUGAAGUGGGGCAACGAGGCCAUCGCGGGCUAUGCACAGUACUUCCACUUGGCCGCGUGGCUCAUCCCCAGUGUCAAGUCCAUCACUGCACUGGCACUGAGCUCUGUGGAUGGGGACCCAGUGGCUGGCAUCUGCUACGUGGGCAACCAGAACCUGAACUCCCUGCGCGGCUUCGUGCUGGGCCCUCUGGUGCUCUACCUGCUGGUGGGCACGCUCUUCCUCCUGGCGGGCUUCGUGUCGCUUUUCCGCAUCCGCAGUGUUAUCAAGCAGGGUGGCACCAAGACAGACAAGCUGGAGAAACUCAUGAUCCGCAUCGGCAUCUUCACGCUGCUCUACACAGUGCCGGCCAGCAUCGUGGUGGCCUGCUACCUGUACGAGCAGCACUAUCGCGAGAGCUGGGAGGCUGCGCUCACCUGCGCGUGCCCGGGCUCCGACGCCGGCCAACCGCGCGCCAAGCCCGAGUACUGGGUGCUCAUGCUCAAGUACUUCAUGUGCCUCGUGGUGGGCAUCACGUCGGGCGUCUGGAUUUGGUCCGGCAAGACUGUGGAGUCGUGGCGGCGCUUCACUAGCCGCUGCUGCUGCCGCCGCCGGCGACGGGGCCACAAGAGCGGCGGCGCCACGGCGGCCGGGGACUAUGCCGAGGCGAGCGCCGCGCUCACCGGCAGGACUGGGCCGCCGGGCCCUGCCGCAGCUACCUACCACAAGCAGGUGUCCCUGUCACACGUGUAGGAGGCCCUGGGGCGAGGGAGGGGGGUUGUUUUGUUUGGUAGCUUUGCCAAGGUCACUUCCGUUUACCUUCACGGUGCUGAUGCCCCCUCCUGGGGCUCCUUGGAGAGAGGGGUGAAGGGCCCUUUCAAGGGAGUAGCUGUCCCAGGACUUCUCAAAGGGGCUCAGCUCACCUGUGUUGUUUUGUGUUUCUUACUGCCUUCUUUAGGGGAACCUUGUUUUUAAUUUAUAUGUAUUUUUUCUUAAUUUUUAACUUUGUUGCAUUUUGGCAACAAAAUUUUCCUUUGCUUUGGGGGCUUUACAAUCCUAAGGUUGGCAUUAUAAUGAAGUUCCACUUGGUUCAGGUUUCUUUGAACUGUGUGUUCUGAAUUGGAAAAUAUAUUUCCUAUACUUGUGUCUUUAAAAAAAAAAUGUGAACAGUGAAAGUUUGGAUUGCUAUGACUGGGAAGUUGAUAGGUGUGCUUUUUCAGUUUGUUUCUCCUUCCACUGCUUCAAGUGUCCCAGAUGAUUUUUCCUGCAUAUAGUCCUACCUGAGGGGAAACUCCAAGUCACACCAAGGAGGGGGGAGCAUACAAUGUGGGUAGGACCUCCUGAAAGUGACAAGGUUAGGGAGUGUUGAAGAUUUUGUGUCCCUUCUUGUUUCUUUAGCGAGCUUGUUUCUUUUCUGUAGUACAUACUUUGAAUCAUCCUCAUUCUUAACAGCACCAGCAUUUUGAAUACGUUAGAGUUAGCAUUAUUGUGUCCGGUAGACACAUUUGGAGUAGUGAGGACCUAAGGGAUGGCAAUUGGUUAAGCUUGAAUUCUAGACGGAUAAGAUUGCAGCUCUGUGCCAGAGAGUGGGUGGUACUUAAUAGGCUUCAGUGAUCCCGGUUGUUCUUUUUAACAAAACAACUUGUGUUAUAAUUUUGGUAAAAGUAAACCCACUCCUCUCUUCUGGAAGUACUUAGUGAUAGUUGCUAAAGGGGGCUGCUCUGUGGAUUUAAGGACUAAAAUGGAUAUACCUCCAGUAAUUAAGUAAAUUUCCAACAUUUACCCGCUCCACCCCCAUCCCACCUCCUUUAUCAUGUUAAACAGUCUUUUUGCUUUUCUUAUUCCUCCUCUCCUGGAGAGCUGUGAUUAGAAACCACACCCAUCCUUGAAUGAGGUGCUUGAACUGGGGGAGGAAGGCUGGCUACCUGUGAACAAACAUUGGCAGCAAUGAGAGAAAAUAAAUGUCCCUGGACUUUGGACUAGUGUAUAGCCAGAUAUUCCAAAAGCAGCAAGACAUUGCUCCCUGCAGUCUCUGAAAACAGAAAUGAGACCCAUAACACACGUGCAUAAGCUUUUAAAAUAUGGAUCAGUUAACUGCUAUAGGAGGAAAGCUGUUUCCGCCUCCCCACCUCAGUAUAUUUUUCUUUUCCUUUUUCUGAGAAAGCUUAUAUAUUGAUGAGCAUACACACCCUUUGCUGUUAGAAAAUUCUUUUUGCUUUCCUAAUCUGCUUAACUAUUCAUUUAUAUAUGAAAGCCUAUAUAUUGAGAAAUACACAUACACACACACACACACACACACACACACACACACACAGGUUUCUUUACUAUUAGAAAAUUAUGUUUGCUUUCCUAAUCUGUUUAACCAUUCAUUCAUGAAGAGUGUGAGGCCAUUACGGAAGAAGGCGGUGACACUGCUAUGGCCAGCAAAAUACCAAUGACCAGGGUUGAGUGGGGACUAAAUUUAGGAAGCCAAAAUGGGAAAAGCAAUUAAAAUUUGAGAAUGCCUCCCUAGGAAAAUGCCUAGGCAUUUGUGCUUCAUUUAUACCAAAGUUGGAAAAAUAAGUAAGCCCAGGUCAGUUUUUACUUCAUGGAUAUUAAGUAAAUAAAUGCACAGUUCCCAUAGGGAAUUUAAACACUGCUGUGGGGAGAAGCUUGGUAUUAUAGUUUUAAGGACUCUCAAAAACUGUUCACAGUUAUAAACAUGCACUGCUUUUAUCCUCUGAAUCAAAAUUAAAAUUUCAGUGGAGUCGACAAAACCUCCUAGUACACAUGGCCUAGAGAACUCUUUGCACAUCCGAUUCCUCUGCUUAUUCAGAAGCUGCUUCUUAGAACCUUGAAAUAGUUCCCGUCUGAGGGCCACUCAGAUUCUAUUUUUCAAAUGAGGAUCUUUACUAAUCACCUUGACCUCUUCCCUCAUUUAGUGUAUCUUCCCAGGACGUACCUAGAUUGUUCUGCUGCCUUCUGUCAUUGUGCCUGAUAUGGAUUGCCCCCCUUCCGUCUUCUUCUUAGUGGAGGAAUCUAGAAAUGGUACAGUAUAUAUAUCUAAAAGUUGUGGAUGAGUGGAUGAAAGUGAUUGAAGUCUUCAUUAAAAAAUAUGUUUUCAUUUUGGCAACAUGUCAAAGCUACCAAGAACAACCAAUUUACCUUAAAAAAUAAGACCGUUAAAGUAUACCACGCCAGGGAGAGGUGAUGCUUUUUGGGUCUACUUUUAGAACUGCCUCUUUGUUUUCUGUCUCUGUUCUCACCCUGCUCUCCCUCUCCCUUCCCUCAAAGAUAAAUAAAGCCCACCUGCUUCCCUAGGCUAACUAAUAUUCCCCACCCCACCCCCCUACCCAGGGUAGAGAAGCUGCAGCUAUUUAUGGUCACCCCGUUUCCAUCCCACACACUAUUUUCCCCAUUGAUUUGCAUUUUUAUUAUGCAAACAAUACAUACACAUGAAAACAAUUAUAAAAUUAAAGGUUGUGGGGUGAUUUAGCAACUUUUUCACAGCCAGCUUUGUGAAGUUGGAGAGGAUUUAGGGCUCAGUUUAGUCUCAAAUGUGCAGCCUCCAGGCUGGUCCUUUCACAGUUCGAUUUUAAGCAAUGUCUUACUUCAUAGAUUAGGGGGUGAGUCUUUAGGAGGUUGUCUAAGUGAACUAAUGUGACUUCUCAGUGAAUCAGUUGACAUGACCGUAGGAAGACUUUUUAACUUAUAUUAUUGCCCUCCUCACAUUUUGACGUCUAAAUUGGCUGAAAAUAAUUUUUCUUGGUGCCUUAUUGGUUUAUCCUUGCAAACCUUCGUCGUAUUUUCACAUGAUGGGCCUGUGUGUGUGUGUUGUCUGUAACUGUGUUCACGUACAGGCUUAAAUAAUGUGCCGACAGCACUGUUUCCAAGUCCGUAUUCAUUAGGCUGUUUCCUCCUGGGCCAGGGCUGCACUAAUCCUGACACCGGCUGCCAGGAGAAAACCUCACGGAUCCCACACCAAACCUUAAUAACAGCAUCUGUGACCUGCACUCUCCAGUACAGAAUGGGACCCCCACAGCUAGGAAAUGUAGUUGUAUAUUUUAAUGAACUGCUACCCCUGCUAAAGAGGCUUCUUUCCCUUUUGUGCACUACAGAAAGACCAAGGGGGUCGGAGGGACAAAGCUUUGAAUAACUGCUUUCUCACAUCGACUGUGGCAAACAGGACCAAGCACAUCACAAAUCUGGGCAGGGGUGAGGGACAGUGGCUGAGAAUGGCCUGUUCCCUCUGCAGGCCCUUUCUUGCCUCCAAAGUCCAAUCCAGUGACCCUGGGAAAGAAGUACGCCUGAAUUGGGGAGGGUGGUUCUGAAAGAAAAAGCUACCAAGACAUGAAAGCAGGGUGAGGGGUAGGCAGGAUGUAAGUCACUAAGUAACCUGACUUAGAACUCUCAAAGCUUCUAGCAGCUUGGUGACAAUUACAGGAUUUAUUUCAGCCAGGAUACUGUCUAUGGUGUAUCAUUUUAAGACAAUAUUACUUCAUGUUGUUACAAACUGUAUGUGUAGUAUGUAUGUGUUGUGGAUGUGUAUAUACGUAAUAUAUAUAUUAUAUAUAUGAGAUUUAGUGACUUGAUACGGGUUUGGUGCAGGUGAAUUGAUUACUGAGCCAAAUGAGGCACAUACCGAGUCAGGAGUUUGAAUCCAGGGCAUUCAGAACUUUGUAUGAUUUCCAUAUAUGUAUAGUACCUGUCCCAUGCAGUAGCUUCUCUGUCCUGUCAAACCCAGAACUCACAGAUCUGAGCCAGCGAUAUUUUAUUUGUAGACAAUCAACUUGAAUCUAUAAAUUAUUACUGGCAGAUGAUUAUAAUUCUGAAUCCAUAGCACUAACAAAUGGAAGCCCAGAGCAUCUUGAGAAGUUUUUUUUGUUUUGUUUUGUUUUGUUCCUGGAAGUCACUAGAACAGGUGUAUGUGCUUAUACUUAGUCUCAUAGUCCUUAAUUUGCUGACCUUAUUAUUUCAGAAAAAUUUUGUAUGUAUUAUAUUUGUGGGAAGGUGAAAUAAUGGUUUGAGAUUUUUAUCAAAUAUGGAGAGUAGUUAUUUAUGAAAAACAAAGAAAUGUCUAUUUUUGUUUCUUUGUUCCCGAUUAAUGUAGAUAAAUUUUAAAGUGCAUUAAAGCAAGGUAAAGAAAAUAAAAAGAUGCUGUACAACUCUUUUUCUCCUCAUGCUUUUAUGGAGACACUGCUUUCUGAGAGUAUCUGAGGAGAUACGUGGAUUCUAAUUUCAUAAUCAAAUUCUCAGAUGUACUUAAAAUGUAAAUUGUAGUAUUUUCAUUAAUAAGAAAAUCAAGCAAACUGCAAUCAUCAGAAACAGACGAAAUGAAACUUGUUUUACUUGAAUAUACUUCAUAGCUUUCUCCUGCUGAUCCUGUUACUGUUUCAUGAUUCACUUGAAGAAAUGAAGGGUAAUACACCUAAGAACAGAGACAUAGCCUGAGCUGGCGUUCUGUUUUAUCAACCCUCCGUCUAAAUUCUGUACGGAACCUAUCUGAGUAGAUGUUGGUGCUAUUGUUGUGUGUGUCUAGUUGGGGAUUAGGAACUCCCAAAACUGUUUAUCAUUCACCAGUUAAAUCCACAACUUGAUAUUAAGCUGUAAGUACAAGUCAGGGAGUCCAGAUAAGAGGCUAUAAAUUGAUUUAGAGUUGGCACCUUCCUGAUAAUCUGGACAGAGGAUUAGUAAACCUGAGAUACUAUUGUCACAGUUUCCU